UGAUCCCGCCUACCGAUUGGGCUGCCUUCAUUGGUCCUACAGCAAACGCUGAGUGCUUGUUCUGGGGCGUGAUUUCCGGAGAGCCGGUGGGGGUGCAGAACAGUCAGAGUUUUCUCAGUAAUCUGGCAGGGUCUUUCAGUAUUGUUGUGGGGUGGGUCAGACCGGGUUUGCUUCGCAUUACAUAACGGAGGAGUGAACUCCCACCAUUGCGCCCACUGCAAAGCGAGCUCCUGCGCUGUCCUCGCCAGUAACCAUUGAACCCACUGGCCAAAGUGCACACAAGCAUGGGGAAGGCUAUUUCGGGCACGUCGUCCUCCUUUGAUACAGCAUGAUUUUCGGGAGCGGGUUUGCAACUCUCCGGAGUUCGGGGAGCAAGCUGCUUUGCGCAACGGCCAGGUCGUUCAGCGCCGUGCCGCAUUACGCCGGAGGGAGCCCAAGGCUGCGGGUGCUGGUGGACAUGGACGGGGUGCUGGCCGAUUUUGAGGGCGGAUUCCUGCGAAAGUACAAGGUGGCGUAUCCCGAGGAGCCGUUCAUUGAGCUGGCGGAUCGCAGAGGUUUCUGGGUUUCCAACCAAUACGGACAGCUGCAGCCCGAUCUGCGCGAGAAAGCAAUAAGCAUAUGGGAGUCGAAGAACUUCUUCAUUGAACUUGAUCCCCUUCCAGGAGCAGUGGAGGCAGUGAAAGAGAUGGCCAACAUGAAAAACACUGACGUGUUCAUUUGCACCAGCCCUAUAAAGAAGUAUGAUCACUGUCCUUUUGAAAAAUACGCAUGGGUAGAGAAACAUCUUGGGAAGGAGUUUCUGGAGCUGACGUUGCUAACGCAGGAUAAAACAUUGAUAUCCGGCAGCUUGCUGAUAGACGACAAGCCAGAUAUAUCAGGAGUGGAACCCCAUCCUGAGUGGGAGCAUAUACUCUUCUCUGCCUGCCACAAUAUGCACGUACAACUGAGAGCACCCAGAAGGCGGCUGCACUCUUGGGCCGAUAACUGGAAACUGCUCCUGGACAGCAAGCGGCAGUAAUGGUCUGCGUGUGGCCUUGGAUGUUUCAGUUGUUGUGGAGCAGUGAAACUUGACAGUGUAAUGCAGAAUUCAAACCAUGCAAAUGGCAUGUGAUGAUCAGUUAUCAACUUGGACUGCAAACACGUUACGAAGUUCUAGCUCCUGUAGUUUUCAGGUAUUUUUGGGGGUGCUUUUCUGUGAAAGAAACAUUAAACAGGCGAUGAUGUGGAUUGGAUUGGGACCCAAUGACACACUAGAAAUUGCUUCCGUUGUAUCCUUAGGUAGUCCUGCAUUCUAUAACACACACAAAUGCGGGAGCAACUUAGCAGGUGAGGCAGCAUCUAUAGAGAGGAGUUAACAGUUGACAUUCCAGCUGAGACCCUUCAUUGGGACUGGAAUGGAAGGGGGAAGAAGCCAGAAUAAGGAGGAGGGAAAAGUGCAGGUGAUGGCUUAAGCCGCCAGCAUUUUGUGUGUGUUACCCUGGAUUUCCAUUUGCAGGAUCUGAACACAAGAGAUUCUGCAGAUAGUGGAAAUCCAAGAGAAACAUAACACACAAGAUGCUAGAGGAACUCAGCAGGUCGGGCAGCAUCUGUGGAGAGGAAUAAAUGGUCGACAUUUCAGGCCCAAACCCUCCAUCAAGACUGGAGAAGAGUCUCGUCCUGAAACAUUGCCCGUUUAUUCCUUUCCAUAGAUGCUGCCUGACCUGCUGAGUUAUUCCAGCAUUUAGUGUGUUAAUCUGCAGAAUCUUGUAUUAAUAAUAUGCACUCCAUUAUUGUUCUUGCUGUUUCAGGAAAGGGAAUCUAAAGUAGUCACCGUGAUACAUGACAAAUUGCAGAUGAAUAAUUGUUAAAGUCCCAGUAAUAAUAUUUGACAGAAAAUGAAUAAUGUAGAAUUGGCAAUGCACAGAUGUGUUCGUUUUGUUGGACCUGCCUGCUGCUGUCCACUGUUGGACAGAAAUAUUUCUGGUGUCACUGCAUUGUUUCACAGUGAAAACUGACAUCAUUGGAGAGAAAUAGAAGUCAUGAAGCAUUGUUUCUAGAUUUGCUGUGUCUGGUAAUACAACAGCUCUUUUAUUAUGGAUUACAUUUACCUUUGACAAUGCUGGUGCUACACAUGCUAAAUUUUAAUCUCUUGCUGUCCAGACUGUGGUAACUAAAAUUCCUGAUUCAGUGAUCCAGGGCAAUAUUUGCAUCCAGGACAAGAUUUUAUACCAUGUUUUAGGGUUAGCCUGAUGUUAACCUAAAUUUUCGAUAUAAAGUGGCAUUAACUUCUAACAGACUCCUUCAGUGAAUUACCUCUGAACAAGUGGACCUUCUCACUAAUUCUGCAACUGACUGUUUUAAGUGCCCAGAGCUCUUGCAGAUUCCAAAGAACUGAACAAUUUGGAUUAAUGUUUACUUUUAAACCUGGUAUAAUUCAUCAUUUGAUUUGUCAACUCAUAUUUCCUUUGGGCUUAACAGAUAUUAGCAAUAGAUGUGCAAAGAAAAUAGAAACUACUUUAGACCUGAAAUAUUUAGCUAACAUGGCAGCUAACAUACAGGUGUAUUUAAAUCUACAAGAAGGUUGUUUAAAAUGUUAUGUAUUUUAAAUAUUUUUAUUUUAUAUUGCUCUCUUAAUGGUGGCAUUGUAACUCACAUCAUUGUCAUAGAUGCAGAUUGCAAUUAUUCCAAUGUUCUUUUAUGACGAUACUGCUAGUGUUCAGGAUAACGUAAGCGGUACUCAGCAGUAAAUUCCAUGCUUUCCUUGUCUUGCCAUAAAUGGUGAAACUCCUGGCUUAAUAAUUGGUAAAAUGUUAGUAAAGAUCAAAUAUACAAGUCACUAGGUUUACAGUGAUGAUUGCAAAAGUAACAAUGCAAAUUGUUCUAUUAAAUACUAAGUGUUUAUAACUGCAUAUAAAAUUGGUUUUGAUUUUAUGCUUUACAUAACUAUAAAUCUCUUAACUACAAUUGCCUCUAGAGGUUUAGGGAAUGUUCUGUUGCUCAUAAUAUCCAAUUUUGUAAGUUGGAUGAGAGGGUUGCAUUAGUACUGCAGAACAAACUGCACUCAAGCAUUUUUGAACAAAGACAAAUCUUAUUAAGCUUUCCAUAGCAACCCGUAUAUACUACAGGGGAGCCACAGACCAGUUAAACCACUAGCCUGAAUUAAUUGUGGACUUCAGGAAGGAGAAGUCGAGGGAUCAGAAAUGGAAAGGGUAACCAGUUUCAAGCUCCUGGGUGUCAAUACCUCUGAAGAUCUAUCCUGAGCCUAACAUAUUGAUGCGGUUACAAAAAAGCCGCGACAGUGCCUAUAUUUCAUUAGGAGUUUGAGGAGAUAUGGUAUGUCAACAAAGACACUUGCAAAUUACUACAGAUGUACCGUGGAGAGCAUUCUGACUGUCUCUAUCACUGUCUGCUGGGGGCAGGGGGUGCAACACUGGAUCGAAAUAGGCUGCACAACAUUGUAAACUCAGUCAACUCCAUCAUGGACACUAGCCUCCCCAGCAUCCAGAACAUCUUCAAGAAGUGAUGCUUCAAAAAAAGGCGGCAUCCAUUAUUAAGGACCCCCAUCACCCAAGGCAUACCCUCUUCUCAUUGCUACCUUCAGGGAUGAAGUACAUGAGCCUGAAGGCACACACUCAGUGAUUCAGGAACAGCUUCUUCCCCUCUGCCAUCUGAUUUCCGAAUAGACAGUAAACCCAUGAACUUAACAUUACUUUUUUUCCUGUUGUACUACUUUUUCUUUACAUAGAGAGAGAGGCAAGUGUGUGAAAUGCACAGCCAGGGGUGGGAGGCAGAUACAUUAGGAAUACUUAAGCGACUCUGAUGGACAUAUGGUUGUAAGAAAUAUGGAGAACAAUGUUAAGGGGGAAGGUUAGAUUGAUCUUGGUAUAGGUUAUGCAGGGGUUCCCAACCUGGGGUCCACAGACCACCCCUUGCUUAAUGGUACUAGUCUAUGGCAUAAAAAAAGGAUGGGAAGCCCUGGGUAAAUGGGUCAGCAUAACAUCAUUGCUUGUUCUGUCUCUCAGUCUGUAAUAGCAAAAGUAAACCAUAAAUGCACUUUGGUAAUAAAUUUACUUUGAACUUUAAAGAUGGUAUUGACUUUCAAUUUUCUGUCUGCAGUAGCUGCUGUCAGUUCUGGGAGAAUCUAUGACAUACUAAAAAUAUGAAUACUUGAGCAGUAGAUUACAUUUAAGAAGUGAUAGACAUCAACCUAGCAAGAAAAUGUUCCACACACAAAGGUCAGAAGAUACUCAUUAAGAUGAAACCUGAAUCUUAACGUUUAAUAAAUAUAUUUAAAAACCCGUCAUUUUAACCCAAGUAGGAAAGAUAAAUGUUGUGAGAGGAGAAGAUUAAAAGGGAAAACUAGGUGGGGAAUAGGAUUCCACUCUAAGCCAACAAAAAAAUGUGCCAAAUUCAUUCCUAUGUUUAAGGAAAUAUAAAAUAUUUGGCAUUACAAAUCACAUACAGUGCAAGUAAAAUAAAAUUAUUCUAUAUGGUUGCAUCACAGCAUGGUAUAGAAGCUCCAAUGCGUAGGCUCGCAAGAGGCUGCAAAGGAUUGGAAAGUCAGCCAGCUCCAUCAUAAGUACAACCCUCCCUACCAUGAAGAAUAUCUUCAGGAGUUGGUGCCUCAGGAAGGCAGCAUCCAUCAUUAACACCCUCACCAUCUAGGACAUGCCCUGUUCUCAUUACCAGUAGGAACAGGUGCCUGAAGAAUGAGUUGCAUUUUAGAAACAGUUUCUUCCCCUCUGCCAUCAGAUUACCAAACAGUUCCGUGAACCUUCCUUCAUUAUUCCCUUCUGGACUAUUUAUGUUGUUUAUAGUAAUUUUUAUGUCUCUGCACUGGUUUGCUGCCAUAAAUCAACAAAAUUCAUGCCAUAACACAGUGAUAGUAAACCUGAUUGAUUAGUUUUUAGCUUGACAGGACUUGCCAAAGAGUAAAUAGGGUUUACUUGCACCAAGAACACAUUUGUAUCAAAUGCUGCAAACAUAAUAUUUUCUAUGUAGUUUAUUAAAAACUAAUUUGAAAAUAAUCAGUCUUCAUUGCUUCAUACUGAUUACACGUGAGUACUCUGUACAGGAGCAUCAAGGUAGCAAUUCAUUUCCACGAUAAACUACACAAUGAAAAUCACUGUGUUUCUCUGUGAACAAACAUUUAUAGUAUCAUUAUUAUAACAUUUGUAAAGUCCUGAUCAUUGUACUCUUGCCUUCCCACUUUCCUCGUUCAGUUUUUUUUUGAACAAACACCCGUAAGGAUUUGAUAGCUUAUUGGUGGCAGAUGAAGUACACAAGAUAGCUUGAUUUACCAUCUGGUUUUCCCACCUCUUGGAAAGAGCCUGAAGGUAAAAAGCUGCCACACUUUGCACGCCAUGUCCUGUAACAAAACUAAGUUUGCAACACACAAUGUGGCAUGGAUGCCUCUGCAUUACUCAAGAUAAAAGACAUGCUUUCAAAUAGCUUUUCCUUCCACCCCAGGUAUCGUACAGUUUAUUAAGUAGAGAAAGAUCCAGUGAAUAAUAUGGAACAGUAAAUUUAGCAAGAAUUAACAAACUACCGACUUACAAUAUGUAAAUAAUCAAUUAAUCUGUAUUAGUAUACUUAAUAGAGUAAUAAAUAUUAGUCAGGAAACAUUGGUUCCUUGUUGAAAUUGUGUCAUGAUUACCUUUGGCAUCUACACAAGAAUAGACAUGAUAGUUGGGACUGGAGGUCCUGAGUUAUGGGAAAGAUUGAAUAGGUUAGGACUUUAUUCCCUAGAAUAUAGAAGAUCGAAGUAAGAUUUGAUAGAGGUAUACAAAAUUAGGAGGGGUAUAGAUAAGGCAAAUGAAAGCAGGCUUUUUCCACUGAGGUCAAGUGGGACUACAAAUGGAGAUCAUUGGUUAAGGAUGAAAGGUGGACAUGAAAGAGGAACAUGAGGGGAAGUUGCUUCGCUCAGAGGGCUGUGAUAGUGUGGAACGAGCUGCCAGUGCUAGUGAUACAUGUGAGCUCAAUUUCAACGUUUAAGAGAAGUUUGGAUAGGUAUAUGGAUGGCAGGUGUAUGGAGGGCUAUGGUCUAGGUGUGGGUCAAUGGGAUUAGGUAGUUUAAAUGGUUUUGGCAUGUUUUAGAUGGGCCAAAGAGACAACUUCUGUAAUUUUCUAUGACUCUAUGUUGAUUUGCCAUCUCAAAGAGUAAUCACAUUAUAGAAGACAGUAGCUCAUCAAAUUUGUAGACCUAUUCUCCAUGGUUUCUUGAAAAUUCAAAGUAAAUUUAUUACCAAUGUUGGCAUACAAUACCAUUUUCUACCUUGUGAGUUUUCUUUUUGCAGGCAUUCACAACAGAACAAAGAAAUACAAUAGAAUUAAUGAAAAACUACAUACCAGGAUUGACAAACAACCAAUGUGCAAAAGAAGACAAUCUGUGCAAACCCAAAAAUAAAACUGAGAACCUAAGUUGUAGAAACCUUGAAAGUAAGUCCAUGGGUUGUGGGAUCAGUUCAAUGUUGACGUGAGUGUCAUUAUGCAUGCUUGUUCAGGGCUCUGAUGGUUGAAAGGUAAUAACUGUUCCUGAACCUAGUGGCAUGAGACCCAACGCUCCAGCGAGAAGAGAGCAUGGCCUGCAUGGUGGGAUGCUGGUGGCCUCUUUAUAGCCCUGCUUGUUAUUGUACCCUCAAGCACCCAUUGAAUUUGAUUGUGAAGACCUUGGUGGACUACUAUUACCUCAAACGUGUGGCAUUUGCCAAACCAUACGCAAGCUCAGAGAACAGCUCGGAGUUCAACAUCAUCUGCAAGGAGACUGCAUGUCCACCCUGAGGAAUGCAUAUAUUUUCUCCAGGUGCUAUGGUUUCCUCCCACAGUUCAAGGAUGUGAACAGUUGAUAGGUUAAUUGGUCAUUGUAAAUUAUCCUGUGAUUAGGCUAGGGUUAAAUUGGGGGUUGCUUGUUGUUACAGUAGCAUUGAUUGAUAAAGAAAUAUAAAAUAAGUUGUGCAAAGAGCUAACAUAGUGAGGUCAUGUUCAUGGGUUCAUUGUUCAAAAAUCUGAUGGUGGAGCAGAAGUUGUUCCUAAAAUGUUGAGUGUCUUCAGUCUCUUGCCCUCCUUUCUGAUGGUAAUAAAGAGAUGAGGGCAUGUGGUGGUGGUCCCUUCCAUACCUGAUAGUGAUGCAACCAGUUAGACUGUUCUCCAUUGUAUAUCUGUAGAAAUUUGUGGGUGUCCAUGGUGACAUGCCAAUUCUUUUCAAACUCCUAAUGGAAUACAGCCGCUGAGGUCUCACAAGCAACAAUUGUACACUUUGACUUCUUUCAAGUGCAUAAAUAAAAUGUGUAAGAUACAUUCUCAGCACUGCGAACUGUUAAUAAAUUGCACAUUAGUGCAUCUA